AUCUCAGACCUCCUCUACUUACACAUUCCACGACAUGCCGCAUCGCGGGGAGACUCUCAGAUGAGUCAAGCCAAGGCUUUGACCACGAUUCACCAUUAAAACACUCGAAGCUCGAGCUCCGCGCAUACAUUACCCUCUGGUUCUGGACCCCUCAACACGGAUGCUCGUUUCCACGACGCCAAACUGUGCGCACACGCCGUGAGCCUUGACUUGAAAGAACACACUGUUGCCAAUUUGCUCGACUGCCGAGAUCAGAACCGAGGACGAGCCAGUAAGAUUCAUCGCCAGUCACUAAUUCGACCAGAUAAUUCCCAACUUCGAAACAAAACACAUCUCGUUUGCACCGAAGCUUGCAAACGAACUUCCACCUACCUGCACCACCACCCUCACCCGACCACAAUGAAUGCCGGCUUAAACGACAUUCACAACAUUAUAGCCCAAGACAGAGCGCGCCUCCGCACAAGCAGUCAAUCGGCCGAUCAGUCGCCAUCCCACCAGCCUCCCUCGCCCGACAUCAACAAGCGUCCAACCUCCGCCGAUAAGGCCAAAUCAAGCAAAAUGCCUGGUUCUCCCCAUUCACCCACCAACCAGGCCAAGGCUCGUCUCACCAACGAGCAGAAGAAGAAGAACCACAUUGAGUCGGAGAAGAAGCGCCGCGACGCCAUCCGCGCCGGCUUCGACCGCCUCGCCGACGUGGUCCCCGGCAUGCAGGGUCAAGGGCGCAGUGAGGCCGUCGUGCUCCAGCACACGGUCGCUUACAUGAAGGGCAUGAUCGAGAAGCGCAAGGCCAUCGACGCAGAGGCCAUCAAGAAAGGCUGGAACGAGUCUCAAACUCUCGAGGUCUACCUCCAGGCCGAGCGCGAGGUCCGCGCCCGCGAGCAGGAAUUCGAGGCCGCCAAGGCGAGGCAGCAGGGGAGGUAA